AUGUCUCAAUUUAGCUAUGUAAAUGAUUUAAAAAGUGCUGUUAGAAUGGAUGAGCCAAUUACCAAUGGUCCGGCUCCACGUUGGAUGAAGAAAAGUGUGGAAUCAACCUCAAGUUCUGCAAAUACGUCUAGAAAAACUAAUGAACUAUUGCCUAUCAAGAAGACACCAUCAAAAACACCUAAUAAAUCCAAAUCACCAGCUUCUAGAUCAGCAUCAAACACACCAGCUAAACCUAAAACACCUGGUGGUGAUAGAUUCAUUCCUUCCAGAAUGUCUACAAAUUUUGACAUAAGUCAUUUUAAGAUGAACCAAGAAAAUGAAAACCUUGACUUAAGUCCAACUCAAUCAGACUACAGAAAAGCUAUGUCCGAGAAUCUUCAUGGAUGUGACAUUAAUAAUGUCCGCAUUCUUUCCUAUCAGAACAAAGCACCUGCUCCUCCAGAUGGUUAUCAAAACGCCUUAAAAGUAGUUUACAGCCAAUCUAAGACUCCCAUGAAUGUACGUGGAGCUACUCGUUAUAUACCACACGCACCAGAUCGUAUUUUGGAUGCUCCUGAAAUUGUUGACGACUAUUACCUAAAUUUAAUUGACUGGAGCUUUUCCAACAUAUUGGCCGUAGCCUUGGGCACAAGUGUAUAUCUUUGGAAUGCUGACACUGGAGCCAUUGACCAACUGUUAGAUUUAGAAGGUGCCGACUAUGUCACAUCUCUGAGCUGGGUACCCAAUGGAAACCUAUUAGGUGUUGGAACUGCUUUAGGACCUGUACAAUUAUGGGACGCAUCUCAGACGAAGCGGCUGCGUAUAAUGAACAGUCACAGUUCAAGAGUGGGUGCUAUGUCAUGGAACAGUCAUAUACUAACUACAGGUUGUAGAAAUGGACAACUUGUUCACAACGAUGUCAGACAGAGAGAACACAUUGUUGGUACAAUUCAAUCCCACACUCAAGAAGUUUGUGGUCUUAAAUGGUCAACUGACGGUCGUUAUCUAGCCAGUGGAGGCAAUGACAACCUGCUAAAUGUGUACAGUGGAUUACCAGGCCAAGCUACUUACCAAUCUGAACCAAUAUACAGUUUCAGCCAACAUCAAGCUGCCGUUAAAGCAUUGGACUGGUGUCCAUGGCAACCCAAUGUGCUAGCCAGUGGCGGCGGUACAGCGGAUCGAACCAUCAGGUUUUGGAACUGCAAUAACGGGCAGUGUAUCAAUUCAGUCAAUGCCAACUCGCAGGUGUGUGCUAUUCUGUGGUCAAAAACGUACAGAGAAUUGGUUUCGGCGCACGGUUUUGCAAACAACCAGCUCAUAAUUUGGAAGUACCCUUCACUGACAAAGGUUGCUGAGCUCACUGGACACACAAAUCGUAUUUUGAAUUUGGCCAUGUCACCAGAUGGUUCAACAGUACUCUCAGCUGGAGCAGAUGAAACCCUGCGAAUGUGGAAAUGCUUUUUGCCAGAUCCAAACAAGAAGAAAGAAAACGAGAAGCGCUCUUCUAGACCUACUAUGCUGGGACCAGGCCUAAGAUAA